AAUUACACCUGCCUCCAGCAAGCCUUUUGUUACUCACCAAAAUCGCAUACGCAACCAUACAGCAUGACCUCCACACGCGACGUUUGCCAACCCGGAUUGAAGUGGGAGAACAAUCUUUUCGGCACCAAGCCCACAUGGACAGCGGAACCUUCCAUCGCUGUCAUCAAGAAACUGGUACAAGAGGCGCUGGGUGCCGAGUCCGACGUCGCAUUUCUCGCACAAGGUGCAUUCAACAAAAUCUACAGCGUCAACUGCUGUGUGGGGGACUUUGUUCUUAGGGUAGCUUUACCCGUCGCUCCGAAGGUCAAGACGCUGAGCGAAGUCGCGACGAUCGCAUUCAUCCGCUCAAGGACAAACCUGCCUAUUCCACGGGUUCUCGCAUACAAUGCGGACUUCAACAACAAGCUCGGGUUUGAAUGGCUUCUCAUGGACCGUGUGCACGGGCGUUCACUGCGCAGCUGCUGGAAUGAAAUUUCGUGGCUCAAGAAGGGUUUGCUCGUCCAAAAGAUGGCAGAGUUCGUAUCUGAGAUGUUUCACAUCAAGCUCUCUAGCAUUGGGAGCCUGUAUGAGUAUCAUCUCAACAGCCAUCCGGAUAGCAAUGACGCUGCUGUGGAACACGCUCUCGGAGAGGUAGUAUCGCCGACGUUCUUCGUGGGCAGCCAUAUCCGUCAAAUCUUCCACCGUGGACCAUAUCGAACCAGUGCUGAGUAUGUACUCGCUCAUAUGCAACUCUUGCUCCAGGACAUUCAGUCUUGGCGCAUAUCUGACAACGAAGACGAUCGAGAUCAGGCUGAAGAAGCGCAAAUCAUCUACGAAAAGCUCCAGCUCAUCAUUCCCAAGCUCUUCCUGGAUGUUGGCCUGGAAACGACGAGCGUCUUACAUCAAGAUCUGAGCUCCAACAACAUCCUUGUAGACGACAAGGGAGACCUCGUUGGUAUCAUCGAUUGGGAGUGUGCCGUUGCUGCACCUCACUGGCAGGCUUGUCGAGUGCCUCAGUUCCUCGAUUAUGGAAAACAAGAGAACUGCGCACCCGAACCUCUGACAGAAAAUGAGCAGAAGGACGAAGACGUAGUUGAGUAUCACCAUGCUCUGGUGCAUGAUUAUGAGGUCACGCAGCUGAACAGAUUCUUCCUCGAGGAAAUGGAGCGUCUAAAUCCGCAAUGGGUUCAGAUCCACAACGAAGGAACAACUUGUCGCGAGAUCAUGGUUGCUCUUGAGUUUACGUCUAGUGGAAUGUACGCACACCAAGUUGAGGGUUGGUUGGAUUGUCUUCUGGAAGGAAAGAAACCACGACUGACUCUCUCCGAGUCAAUCUUCGAUCCUUACAAGUACGAUGCUUGAACGAGAGAUAGCUGAGUUACGUUGUGUCUGGGAGUACCCCGAAAGAUCGUCAGCGCGCACACCUAAUAACAGG